AUGAAAGAAACAAAGGAGGAUAACGAGGUUAAGCUAGCCUUGAAUGUCCAUGUUGAUCAACCUCGCGAGUGGGUGUUCUUUCGGAAGAUUUGCAUUCCUUUCUCUUUUGGUGAAGUUAUGGCUUUAAUGAUUCUAUUGGCAUGUGAAGAAAUCCAUCCACCCUUGUCUGUAACUACCCGCAAUGGUCACUCAGACUUGCCUGAAGCUCAGGGACUGAACAAGAGAAAAGAAGAUAAUAAGCAAGCUUCUGCUGAUGUGUUGUUUCAUUAUUCAAGAUUUGCGCUGGCCUGUAUUGGAUGCAAGAUUCGACCAUUCAAUUUGAGGCUUCAUUUAAUGAAGGAGAUUUCGGGUAUGCCCUCUUCUCUAAAUAGGGAAUCACCACAGAAUGCAGCAUCACCUGAUCCAAUGGGUGAAUCAUCAAGCACAGGAACAGCAAGACUCGACAGAGGAGACAGUCACUCUCUUCUCCAAAGCACAUCCUUCUUCCCUUCUUCUCCGCUUUACAGUGGCUUCGCUGUCUACUCUUUCAAACCACUGUCCGAUUGUUCCUCUCUGUUCUUCUCUAGCAGAAGAAGCAUCAGAUCCAUUCAGUUUCAAACUUCCAUUGCCAUUUAUCACAUCACAAUGCAAGACAUGUGGAAUGCUCCACCGGGUUUCAGGCCCUCCAAAUCAGCACCUUCUUCUCCUGCGAAGCCUCUCGGCGCUGUUCUCAGAACACGGUCUGAGUCCUUCCAUGUCACUCAUAAGGUCCCAGUUGGUGACACUCCUUAUGUCAGAGCCAAAAACGUUCAAUUGGUGGAUAAGGACCCGGAGCGAGCAAUUCCAUUGUUUUGGGCAGCCAUUAACGCGGGAGACCGAGUGGACAGUGCUUUGAAAGAUAUGGCUAUUGUCAUGAAGCAGCAAAACCGGGCUGGAGAAGCCAUUGAAGCCAUUAAAUCGCUUCGAAGUAGAUGUUCAGAUCAAGCCCAAGAAUCUCUGGACAACAUCCUCUUGGAUCUUUACAAGCGGUGUGGGAGACUUGAUGAUCAAAUAGCCCUCUUGAAGCAUAAGUUGUACUUAAUUCAACAAGGGUUAGCAUUCAAUGGCAAGCGCACAAAGACUGCAAGAUCUCAAGGGAAGAAGUUUCAAGUCUCUGUGGAGCAAGAAGCUACUAGACUGCUGGGAAACUUGGGAUGGGCACUAAUGCAGCAGAACAACUACAUUGAAGCAGAAGAGGCCUAUCGGCGGGCACUUUCUAUAGCUCCCGACAACAAUAAGAUGUGCAAUCUGGGCAUUUGUUUGAUGAAGCAAGGAAGAAUUGGUGAGGCAAAGGAGACACUGUACCGUGUAAAACCUGCAGUUAUGGAUGGUCCUAGAGGCUCAGAUUCUCACUUGAAAGCCUAUGAAAGGGCACAGCAAAUGCUGAAAGACCUUGAAUCUGAGAUGAUGAAUAAGGGAGUUGAUAGGAUUGAACAAAGCAGGCUCUUUGAGGCCUUUUUGGGUUCUUCAUCGAUCUGGCAACCCCAGCCUUGCAAGGACCACCACACAACCUUACCAGCAGCAACAAAUUCAGCCAAAUUUCGUGAUGAUUUUGCUGAUGAGAACAUCAAUUCCAACAUAAUGACCAAAAAUCACACAGCACUGCCACCAUCUAAAGCGAUCACUACUACUAACAAACAUGUUGUUGCCAUGUUGGGGAACUCACUCAAUGUUGCAGCUCCUCCAUUCUAUGCAUCAAAACCCAUGUUGAGGGAACCAGUUGAGAACCAGUUCUCUGAGACCCUUAAGAGAACAAGGUCUGGAAAUGUUGCAGGGUCCAUGAGAGCAGUGAGUGAUGUGAGAGAGAGCAACAACAAGUUGCAUGUGGAAUUAGGUGUGCCAGUGCCAGGGAACAAAACAAGAAGGCUCUCUUCAGAGGCUGGUGAGAAAAACAAGUUAACAGAUUUAUUACCUGAUGACAAUGACUUUGAAGAGGCCAUUCUUGCUGCAAUUUUGGGGCCCUCCAACGAUAGUAAAGCUACCGAGACAAGCAGGAUUUUGCAGAGGAAUAGUGACAAGAGACUUAAGGUUUUUGAGGAUAUCACGUUAUCUUUGAGUCCAAGAGCCUGA